UUAGCCUGACUUCACCGCGAGCAGCAUUCUUCAAUUCAGUUCAAAUUACCAAAAGCUUCCGCUUGUAGUGACAAAUUCAAUGGCGGAGGAAGUGAUUUUGUUGGACUUCUGGCCGAGCCCGUUCGGGAUGAGGGCCAGGAUUGCCCUGCGAGAGAAGGGCGUGGAGUUCGAUAUGAGGGAGGAGGAUCUGAGCAACAAGAGCCCCCUGCUCUUGAAGAUGAACCCGGUCAACAAACAAAUCCCCGUCCUCGUCCAUAAUGGCAAGCCCGUUUGUGAGUCCCUCCUCAUGGUCCAGUACAUCGACGAGACCUGGGUUCGCCAGUCUCCUCUCUUGCCUUCGGAUCCUUACGAGCGUGCCCGGGCCAGGUUCUGGGCUGACUACGUGGACAAGAAGAUUUAUCCGGUGGGGCGAACGGUGUGGCAGUCGAGGGGGGAGGCCCAGGAGGCGGCGAAGAAGGAGUACAUCGAGUGCUUGAAGGUGUUGGAGGGAGAACUCGGGGACAAGGCUUACUUUGGCGGUGAGAGGUUCGGGUACGUGGAUGUGUCGCUGAUACCCUUCUAUAGCUGGUUCUAUGGGUUGGAGACGAUGGCCAACUUCAGCAUCGUGGAGGAGUGCCCCAAGCUGGUGGCGUGGGCCAAGCGGUGCAUGCAGAGGGAGAGCGUGGCCAAGUCAUUGCCCGACCAGCACAAGCUUUAUGACUUCCUCUUGGCACGCAUUAAGAAGCUUCAGGCGCAAUAAACAACUCGAGUCUGAUUAUGAUCAUCUUAUGACUCUAUUGUUCAAUAACCCCUCUCCUUUCACGAGGCUGAGCUCUUUUGUACCUCUAUUGCUUUCCUUUUUGUAUUCGAGUGUUUCUGGAUCAGCUUAUGGACUAUACCCAGCAUUUCAUCUAUUCCUUUGA